AUGUCGAAAACAUGGAAAUCCACCCUGAGGCUGCCUAAGUCUACACUGCCGCCAAGACCCCUGCCCCAACUUCGAGAACAAUAUAUACGGAGGUCCGCCGAUGAAUUGUACGAAUGGCAAAAGACCAAUCGGCCGGCCGAUGACACAUUUAUCCUUCACGAUGGACCCCCAUAUGCCAAUGGCGGUCUUCAUGUCGGCCACGCCCUGAAUAAGAUCCUCAAGGACACCAUCCUCAGGGUCAAGCUACAGCAGGGGCGCCGCGUAGAAUACAUUCCAGGAUGGGACUGCCAUGGACUCCCCAUCGAGCUGAAAGCUCUUGAGAAUUCCAAUAGCAAGCAGCUUACUCCAAUCGAAAUUCGAAAGUCGGCGCGGAAUCUCGCCUCCAACACGGUCCUGAAGCAGAUGAAGAGCUUCCGCUCCUAUGGCGUGAUGGGCGAUUGGGAACGGAGGUGGACUACUAUGGACACUGCAUUUGAGGUGCGCCAGCUCCGAUUAUUCCAGAAGAUGGUCAAGAAGGGUCUCAUAGACCGUAGAUAUAAGCCUGUGUACUGGUCGCCAUCGUCCAAGACAGCCCUCGCCGAAGCAGAACUGGAAUACAACGAAAACCACAUUUCGACUUCGGCUUGGGUCCGAAUGCCUAUUGCCGACUCCUGGAGAGAGCUUCCUCAAUUCAAGGAAGUUGGACAGCAACUCCCUGGACGUUUAUAUGCUUUGGUAUGGACGACCACUCCGUGGACACUGCCGGCCAACCAGGCAGUUGCAGUGCAUGGUGAUCUGGAGUACGCUGUCGUGCAGGACGGCAAUGCCGGCUUUCUCAUCGCAACCAGUCGGGUAGAUGAGUUUAUCUCCAAAGUUCCGGCCAAAGAAUUUCAAGUAACAGCACAUACCUUUCGAGGUGAUCAGCUCAGGGUUUUGGAGUAUACCAAUCCGCUACAGGGGAAAUCUGCGAAACUUCAACCGGUUAUCCAUGCCGACUUCGUGUCCGCGGAUUCCGGGUCUGGGCUCGUGCAUUUAGCGCCCGGCCACGGCUUUGAUGACUAUGAAGUUUGCCGUCCGCUCGGCCUGCCUGUUACAGCACCGAUCGAUGAUGAAGGAAGGUUUACUUCGGACGCGCUACCAGACGACCCGCAACAACUGACCUCGGCACCUUCCAUCAACGCUGGGGGCAGUCGAGUCAUCCUUGAUAUCUUGGGCCAGGAUGUGCUGCUGGCGGAAAAAUACAAACACAAGUACCCUUACGACUGGCGGAGUAAGCAGCCAGUUGUUGUCCGGGCCACCGAGCAAUGGUUUGCGGAUGUCGCCUCUAUCAAGGAUGAGGUUCUGGAAGCUAUGACUCGAGUCACAUUCACCCCGGAAAGUGGGCGGAAGCGACUCGAAAGCUUUGUUAAAGGUCGAAGCGAGUGGUGUAUAUCGCGACAAAGAGCAUGGGGUGUGCCAAUCCCGGCACUCUAUGAUCAAAAUGGCAAGGCAUUGGUUACCGAAGAGACUGUAGAGCACAUCAUCUCCGUCAUCCAGGAGCGUGGCACUAGUGCCUGGUGGUCGGAUGCUUGGGAUGAUCCAGCCUGGAUCCCACCCAAUAUGCAAAGAAAGUUUCGGCGAGGUACUGACACCAUGGAUGUAUGGUUUGACAGCGGCAGCAGCUGGACCAUGAUGUCCGGUCAAGCUGAUGUCUACCUCGAGGGCUCCGAUCAACAUCGCGGUUGGUUUCAGUCCAGUCUCCUGACCAGAGUCGCCGGGACAGACGGAGCCGUGGGCUUUACGAAAAGUGCGCCUUUCAAGCAGCUCAUCACCCAUGGCUUCACCCUGGAUCAGGAUGGGAACAAAAUGUCAAAGAGUUUGGGGAAUGUUAUGGAACCCCAGCAGGUCAUGGAUGGCACGCUCCUGCCACCGUUGAAGCGCAGAGGCAAAGCUGCUGACGGCCAACCAGCAUACGAUGCCCUAGGACCAGAUGCCCUUCGGCUGUGGGCCGCAGGCAAUGACUACACCAAAGAUAUAGUGAUAGGCGUUCCUGUGCUGCAGGCCGUCCAUACUGCCCUGCUCAAAUAUCGGACCAUUUUCAAGAUGUUGCUUGGGUCCAUGCACGAGACAGCGCGGGAAGCACCAUUGACAGCUACGGAUUACAUUGCCAUUGCUCAAUUGCAAGAUACGAUGAAGGAGGUCGGCGAUGCAUAUGACAAGCACGAGUUCCACCGAGGUUUCAAUGAGUUGAACCGAUGGGUGAACAACGACCUCUCGGCCUAUUACUUGGAGACGCUCAAGGAUAGGCUAUACUGUGGAGAUGGCGGGGGGGUUCUAGAGCCCAUAUUCACGGGAUUCCUCAGAAUGUUAUCCCCGAUGACACCUUUGCUGAUCGAGGAAAUUUGGGAUCAUCGGCCUGAUUGGAUGAAACACGAUUUACGUCUGAUACAUCCGCUCCGGCAGCUCUACAGCGAUCCAAUCAUUGAUCCCGACCGGCUUACCAGAGAUUUGGGAGAGGUCCGCAAGGACAUCCCUGGUCUCAUGGCAAUUUAUGAUGCCGUCAAGUUAGGUCUGGAAGACGCUCGGAGAGACAAGAUGCUAGGCUCAUCGCUGCAGGGUUCCGUCGUGCUUACCAUAUCAGAUCCGAAGACCAGGGACAUGCUGGGACAUUAUUUCGGCGAGCUCGAAACCAUGUUUAUUGUGUCGUCGGUGGAGCUCAACGGUCCCAUCCCUGCCGAUGCCCCAUGGGCGUACUCCCACGAAUUCGAGGUCAAUGCCACUAAGGGAACGGCAACGAUAGUUCAGCCGAAACAAGCGAGGUGCCCCAGAUGCUGGCGCUACGUGGCUCCAGCUGAGGGUGAACUGUGUCCGCGAUGUGCCGACGUAGUUAACCCUAUGUAA